AUGAAUCCAAAUGAGACGGAAGAUAAGUGUAUUGAAGAUAACGCUGAGAAACAUGUCUAUUUACAGUAUAUUCUGUAUAAGAAUUUGCACAUCUCGAGAGCACUAGUGAUGAGCGUAAGUGACGACAACUGGCAUACAGUUAUCAAUACAGUGUCGCAUAUCGGGCGCCGAUUCGUGCCUCUCAUGGAUCGGGUUCUGGUCGAAGGAUACGGCGGAUUGGCUACCAUUCCCGUGAGACACAUAUCCGGCGACUCCACCGACUUGAAGGGAGUUUUGGCCAAAAAGAUUGUCGAACACCAGAAGCGAGUGAAAGAGUUCCGCAGCGCUUACGGGCCUAAAGUGAUUGGAGAGAUAACUGUGGAUCAGGUCUACGGAGGAAUGAGAGGAUUAAAGUCAUUGGUCACCGAAACCUCUUACUUAGAUCCCGAUGAAGGCAUUGCUUUCAGAGGCUAUUCUAUCCCUCAAAUCCGUAAAUCUCUUCCGAAGGCUGCUGGCGGUGAUGAACCCCUUCCGGAGGGCUUGUAUUGGUUGUUAUUGACAGGAGAGGUGCCAUCGGCUGAACAGGUGAAGGCAGUGUCCAAGACGUUGGCUGAACACGCAGACCUACCCUCCCACGUGGUCACGAUGCUCAACAACUUCCCAUCGAAUCUGCACCCAAUGUCUCAGUUCAGUGCCGCCAUCACCGCCUGUAAUACGGAAUCCCUGUUUGCAAAGGCCUAUAACGAAGGCGUGAAUAAAGCCAUAUAUUGGGAGCACACGUUUGACGACUCCCUGCGAUUGAUCGCCAAAUUGCCGACAAUUGCGGCCACUAUUUAUCGCAACCUAUACCGCGACGGAUCGUCGAUCGGUGCCAUCGAUACGAAUAAGGACUGGUCGGCUAACUUCACGUCAAUGUUGGGCUACAAUGACCCCAAAUUCACUGAACUUAUACGACUCUAUCUCGCAAUUCAUAGUGAUCAUGAGGGCGGUAAUGUGAGCGCACACGCCACUCAUUUGGUUGGCAGUGCACUCUCCGAUCCUUAUCUGUCAUUUGCUGCCGGUAUGAAUGGUUUGGCGGGUCCUCUGCACGGGUUAGCCAAUCAGGAAGUGUUGAUUUGGUUGACGAAACUGCAGAAGGAAUUGGGAGGAGAGGUGUCCGACGAUAAGCUCAAGGAAUUUGUUUGGAAAACUUUGAAAUCAGGACAGGAAGUGUUGAUUUGGUUGACGAAACUGCAGAAGGAAUUGGGAGGAGAGGUGUCCGACGAUAAGCUCAAGGAAUUUGUUUGGAAAACUUUGAAAUCAGGACAGGUUGUGCCGGGUUAUGGUCACGCGGUGUUGCGUAAGACAGACCCGCGUUAUAUCGUACAAAGAGAGUUCUCAUUGAAACAUUUGCCGGACUAUCCACUGUUCAAACUGGUGUCCCAGAUCUACAAAGUGGUUCCGCCCAUACUUUUAGAAUUGGGAAAAGUCAAGAAUCCCUGGCCUAAUGUUGACGCUCACUCUGGCGUCAUAUUACAAUACUUCGGAAUGAAGGAAAUGAGUUACUAUACGGUGCUGUUCGGAGUGUCGCGAGCGUUGGGUGUGAUGUCGUCGCUCAUAUGGGAUCGAGCACUGGGUCUACCCCUCGAGAGACCCAAAUCAAUGACAACUGAAGGACUUCAGAAAUUAGUUGGCGCCACAUAAUUGUUGCACUCAUAUUGUAUUAUUAUUUAAAUGAUAUCUAUUAAGACUGACUUUAAAUUUAACUUUUCGUGUCUUUUGUCAUAACUUUUAGUAAAUUAAUUAAAUUCAGGUCUCGUGUGAUGUUUGAAUAGAUUGUGUUAUAUUCGGACAUUGAUUGUGAUUAGGUUUUAGCACAUCAUCACUGAAUAUGAAUCUCGGAUUCGGUUUUAUCUAUAAGUCAUUACUGACUCAUAAUAUACUGUUUUAAUGGCGUU